CCGAAAACAAACAUUCGCCUGUCAUAUUUCACACCUUCUUUAAGUGGCAAACGCCGUUUGUAUAUAAACUGUGCAAACUAAUUGAACAUCAAUUAUAUAGGUGAUAAUUUGAAAGUGAUAAACUAUGAAUGCCGAACUGGUCAAACCCGAGUGCUGAGAACGAGCGAAAUCGAUAACGAGUGAAAAUUUGCGGAAUGCCGUAGAGGAUUCGUUCUCAAAUGAUCGGGCACUCGAACGAAAAAAGUCCCCCCCCCCUAAAAAAACUAAUCGGAUUUCCAUUGAUCUCAAAAUCGACCCGGAAAAUUGACACCCUUGAAUAUUACAUUGACGCUGACAAAUGGGUUAUCAGUAUAACUCAAACUUCUGAUGAAAAGGCCGGGUUACAAUAUCCAUGGAAUUAAGCCCACUGAAGAAUCUUCAAAAUAUUAAAGACUUUAAAGAGAAAUGAAGAAAAAUAUACACAGAAAAAAUUAGUAUUUACAACACAAUGCAAAGUUAUCAAAAGUAAAAAUGAUAAUUGCCAGCCAAAGAUAAAACCAUGCUAUUGCUGUCAAAGAAAACUGAUAGGAAAGCUCAAAUACCUGCGUCUCCACAGUUAAACAAUGAGUAGGCUAAAUGCAGGCUACUCGAUAUUUCACACUUUAUUUUUGAGUACGAGGGUUGGUUAAACAUUCUGCAUGUUGUUCUUGCAUAUUUUUUUUAAAGGAACCAUAAUAACAAGAUGUUUUGAAUUUUUACACCUCUUAAUUAACGGUCAAAUUCUUGUCUCAAUACAGUCAAACCAUGUUAUUUCUAAGUCGCCAAAAAGAGAAUGAUACUUUUAAAUAAUGAUCAUUUGAAGUAAACAUUUCCAGGUAAUCUUAAUAUGAAUUAUAGUUUAAAGAUCACAAUCCCAUACAUAGCCAUUUGUUAUUGGUUUUAUUACACAAUGCGAUUGGAUGUAUUAUAUGUCUAUAAAUACGUGUUUGAUUUAACAUUUUAAUUUAAUUUACAAUACUCUCUUAGAAUCAGUAUUAUUUGUCAUGUUUGUGCACUUCACAGUUUUAAUUUGCUCCAUACCACAAAUCCUCAUUCCGUUUUAAUAUAUUGACAUUUGGGCUACAUUUCUUAGUCAGAAGCAGUGAUCACUAAGUCAAUUAAUUCUUCAAAAUUAUUUGUAACAGGCUAAUUAAGAACAACUUACAAGAAAAUGAAAUUUUUGUUGAACACAGCUUUUGAUAAACCCUCUUUAAUAUUGGAAAAAAACACCUACUCAGAGAUUAAAUCACACAAACAGACCUCAACUGCCAUAAAUUUCUUCAUAACAACUGCAAAACACAAUAAUUGGUUGUUGCAAAGCAAUCAUUGAAAUUUUGUCUCUAAAACUUCCAGGAAAAUAAGAGUGGAAUUUUAACAAAGCUUGUGUUCGAGAAAUCCACAAGACACAUCAAAAGAUGAGCAAAAAAUGUCUGAAUGGGGAUAUGCUUUGUAUUCUUGCUUAUUGUUCACAUUAUCAACAUAGGGAGUGUGUGGUGGCUCUUUCGCAAUGUGGAAGCAGCCAGAGAAGGUUUGGUAUUUGGCCCACCAAGAGAUUCUGUAAGAAAAGCUCUUCUGGCAUUUUCAAUUAUUGGAACAUUUUUUUCACUUUUGGAAAUAAUCUCUGAUGGGGUUUCACUCUAUGGUAAAAACCAAUGUGCUGAACCACUUUCUGCAAUGACAAUGUGGUUUGCUGAAAUUCCACAACUGGCAAUUAACAUAGUCAUUGUUGCAUGCAGGGAAGAGGCAAUCAGCUAUUUGCAGCUGGCAAAAGCCUCUGUUAUGAUUCUUAUUGUAGUGAUUCGGUUUAUAUGGACUGUCUGGAACAGCUGCAGACGAUCAAGUGAUGAUGAGAUGGAUGAUGACAAUGAUAGAAAAACAUGUCUUGUUGUUAGAAAAUGCGUUGUUGUCAUAAAAAUCAUAGGACUAGUUGUGGUUUUAGGUUGUGCCAUUGCAAUUUUCAUUUUCACACAAACUGAGCGAAACCCAGACGGGAGUCUUGCGCCCAAAGUUCCACACAGUAUACUAGGAGGCGAAUAUGAUGACAAGAAGUAUUUCGCAGAUGUCAGCAUUUACUUCAGCAAUAGCGUCCUUGAUUAUGAAACACAUCCCUCUUCUGACAGUAAAAAUUUGUUAAGACUGUUGACAAUUCAUGAAAUUAAAAACACAACCACCGACAGGACUGUAAACAUCAAAUACGAUUCAACAAUGACAAAGUUUCUUGUUCAAGUGGAUGGUGAACAUAAAGAAUGUUUCACAGUGAAUAAAGUUAUGAACACUGUUACUAAGGUAACAGAAUGCUCCAGCCAUGUUCCAAAACCAGCUGGCCAAUACGCCUUCACGUUCCACUACAUGCAACCAUCAUUUCCUACCACUCUUUUUGGCGAUAUCACAUACAACAUGAAAGCUGGCAACAGCACACAUUGUGAAGCAGAAGAGAUGAGCGUAGUUAGCGACUUAACUGCCCAUGUUGCUCACCCAGCUUCGGUAUUUCUGCGUUACUACCGAACUAAGCCGGUAUUAGGAAAGAAAAUCACAUCCUACAAAAGUCGCCCACUUCUCAUGAGUUUUAUCGGCACAGUGAUUUGAUCAACAUUGAAGAAAUAUGGAAACUUUACUGCGAGAGCACGGGAAGUCAGGCGCCACACAGGGAUGAGAGCCUUGAUGUUUGUGAUACAAAAUGAAAUCUUUUUUAAAAUUCAAAUUACCUAUGAUGUUCCUUUUUAUAAUACUGAGCGACUUUCAGAACAUUUUGCUUUAUAGACUGUACUUGCAAUUUGUGAAUAAUUAAUUGUAUAUGGAUUACUGCUUUCUAAUCAAAACGAGAUGGAUAUCAAAUAUUGGAAAAACACCAAUAAAUCAACUAUUAUGAAGCAAAGGCAAAUGUGUAAACAAUAUGUGUCAUAUAAACUGUACAAUAAAAAUCGACCAUCAUCUCUAAGACCACACAAACACUUUUAUAGCGUGAUUGUAACGGCAAGCAUGAGUCUUAAUACAGGAAAAUUGGCGAUACAUCUUCAUAAUUUGCGAUGCUUGUGUCGAAACUUAGGCUUAUUAAAAAUAAAAGCUUUCCUGCGCAUUAUGAAUUUGUCAUUGAACGGCUAUUUGUUUUGAACAUGUCACAAACAUAUACUUUAAUAUGCAUAAAUUAUAAUUAAAAUGUCAGGUUCAUUUGAUGUUAUGCUUAACACUUAAUCUCAAUACUGUUAUUAUUUUAAUUUCUCACACAUUUACUAAGUAAAUCAACUUUCAUAUGGUGUUGUUUGAUAUAUUUUAUACAUAGAAUCAAUGAUGAAUGAAUAGCAUUUAUUCACGACGCUAUACUACUUCUGCAUCAAGUGCAGUUGGGGUUGCAUCUUGCUCGACGUGCAAAUAGAUACAUGCGAAUAGUAUUUUGUUUUUCGUUCGCAUAUCAUAUUCCUCUUUGAUAAAUUUGAUUAGAACAAAAAUGUUUAGUUUAUGAUUUGUUAGCCCUUAACAAAAAGAUGAACAACAAUACAAAUUCAGUCUGUCCGAUCGCUAAGCAUUGUAUUUGAAAACAUGCGGGUACCGCAAGUGCAACACUUUUAUAAAACACAAGUAACAUCAAAGAAAACGAACGUUUGCCUUACAUCUAAACAAUUCUACCUAAAUAUUGUUAAAUAAUUCUUGAUAGUUUAUGAAAAAAUUGAACUAAUAAAGACAUGCCAUGCAACCACGUGUAGCAUGCGGGAAUUUGAUAAUGCCAAGUAAUUGUUUUAUAUGAAUUUUGGGACUUUUUAUGUUGAAAAUCUAAUAUAUAUAAUAUAUAUAUAUAUAAAUCAUAGUUAUACAUUAUUAUAGAGGAAAACGUUUUAUUUUUUUCAAAGGUUUUCUCACUGAUGAGCUCAAUGUUGGUCUGUAUGGCAUUUUUGUGACGUAAACACAUUCUUUUAAAACAGGCUUUAUAUUAAAUGAAAAAUAAACAACACUGUCGAUCCUUGACUUUUGUUUCAUUUAGAUACCGGCUAAAGAUAGCUGUAGCAAACUACAACACACAUAUAUAAUUCUAUGAGUAACAAACAAUUAUUAAUCACACCUUAUCAAAAUGUCCUCAAAAUGUAUGAUUUACUUUAAAAAAAAUGUCAGUCAAUGUAGACUUUAAAAAAUCAAUAUUGAUUUCAGUAUGAUAACAUUACAGUGGCCUAUCAAUUAUAAUUUCCAAAACACUUAUGAAAGAUACCGAAGUUCAUGUAUGUUGUGAAUGGUUGUUUAACAUAUACGCACAAAUUGUAUUCUGUUGUAAUUCUAUUCACAUGUACACAUUUUAGUAGUGUGUACAGGUUUUCAAAUAAUUAAAUAACUUUUGUUGGAGUAUGGUUAUAUCGUACAUUAACUGUGUGUAUAUAUUGUUUUGCAUAUUCAUUUUCUUACCAAUAAUAUAUAACUGCUUAAAGAUACAUUUAUGCAAAACAAUGGAAUGCCGUGAUUGGUCAAGUCAUACAAUUAAUACCAUUGAUGUACCCCUUUAAUUCUUAUAUGCAUCUUGUUUUUAGUUGGAUACUGCCUACUUUUACUGAUCUCGAUACAUAUUAUUAAAUAUUUGGGUCUUGAUUAAAAUGAAAUCUACUUUUGCAUUGGCAUACAGCCAAACAAUGGUCAAGUCAUGUUAAGAAUUACAAUUAAUCCCGUUGAUAUGCUCCUUUAAAUGUAUUGCUCACAUCUUGUUUUGGAUGCUGUUUUAACCUACUUUUACUGAAUUGGUUACAUAUUAUUUGUGAUUUAUUUAAAUCUUACUCUACUUUUGCUUUGGCAUACAUUCACUAGUUUGUGUUACAAACUUUUCCAUGUAUAUUGUUUUGAUUUGUUGUUAAUUGUAUUCUACUACAUGCAGAUAAACUUCGAUUGUUAACAAACGACACUAGUGACCUAUGUUUUUCUUUUUAUAUUUUUAUAAAGUAAUGAAUAAUGAAACAUUUGGGUAAGUUUGGAUAAAAUCUAGGUAUGGGAAAGACUUUAAUAAUAAUAACAGUAACAUGCAUGGAAUUGGUUUUCAUAUGUGAAAUUCCGUUGUUGUUUUUUUUCAUAAAUUAAUGCCCCGAAAAAUGCAUUUAUGUUUUUUUUUAUGAAUUUGCAGUGGUGUUAAAUCAGUAUUAUACAAACAGAGAAAGAUAUAAGUUUUUUCAACAGUUUUAUCACUAAUUUACGCAAUUUGGGUGUGUUUGCCUUAUUUUUAAUUUAUACUUAUGCUAAAAUAGGUAUGUUGUUGAAGUGGGAAUAAAAAAAUAACAACA